UUCGAUUCGGACAGCUCGUAUAAAAAACAAAAAAAAACCUCCUUUUUCUCCCUCUCGCUCUCAAUUGUUAUCACAAAACCUAUUUUUCUUCCUUUUCUUUCUUUCCAACGAUUAACCCUCCCCAUUUCUUUUUUCUAAAGCAGCCGACGACGCAUCAUUAGUUACUCUACAAAUUAAUACAACCGCUCAUACCACUACCACGAAUACUAAUAUUACAACAACAACAACAACAACAACUGAAUCAUCAUUGGUUGGCAAUAACAGUAAUCACAAGAACGACAGCAACGAUUUACAGAAUGCCAUGGCAACACGGCACUCUUUGUCGGCGGCAAAAACCGAACCCUCGAGCACAGAACACCAUGCAGCAGCAGCACAAGAACAACAACAAGAACAAUCAGGUGAAUCACCACCGUACCAUGAAACGAUAGAAAUGGCACAACGCGUACCGUCCAAAGCGGUUCGUAUUGAACGAGACUAUUCAAGAGGGGAUGGUGUGACGAGAUUCUGUACAGAAUUCCCACCCGAACUGUCAGGACGGAUUGACGCGAACCAGCUGUGUCAUACGAUUGAAAAGAUGAACGCCAUGUUGGAGAAUGCUGAAAAGAUCUCUCUGAACGUGUUUGACAACAUCAUGGAAUGCUUGACGCUGUAUAUCUGGCCUGUGUUUUUCUCUACGCAUUAUCUACGUUCUAUCAAACAACUAAUGCAAUUCAUUGACGCCGAAAACGAACGAUUGUAUCAUCCUCAGGGUAUCUCCAUCGCUAAUCCCGUCCGCCAUGCCUUCCUCUUUAUUGAGAUCAGACUGUACGAUUGAAUUUCCACCCCCACUCAUCCAUCCGCCCCUCCCUGCUCCCCUAUAUUCUUUUUUCAACUUAUUACUACUACCUUACUUACUUUUACUAUUAACAAGCACCGCAUUCUUCCCCUUCAUCAUCUUUCUAUAUAGCAACUGCACACACACUUACACACACACACACACACACACACGCUCACUCACUCACUCACUCGACGCUUUUGUACUAGUUCUCUUUCAAAUCCAUUACUGUGCUUC